AUGAAUAGCGAUCUAUCAACUGACACAUCAGCAUCACUCAAUCCACAACAUUCCCGAUUCGAUGCAUUCAAAAACAUUCCUCGUCUCAACCAAUAUCUUGAAAACAAGCGUAUCGAAAAACUUGAAGACCAACAGCUCAAGCUCGAAUACGAAAUUUCCAACCUGGAGUUCUUUCUUGCAUUAGAGAGAGACAAGCUUGAGCAAUUACAAAAUACAAAGGUAUUUGUUGAUCAAACAAUUGAAGUAAUGGUAUAUGAAGUUAUACGUCAAUCACACUUUUGUUUUAAUCGGUUGUUUCAUCCACUGUUUAGUUACUAUGAGCCAGAUUUGCCUAUUCCUCCGACUGUUGCCAGUGCGUUUGAUACUUUGGUAGAAAUGAUGAUCAACCAUAGAUUUGCUGAGGAUGGCAUGAUUGCUUUUGCUUUGAAGUUUCGCAAAAGGUUGGAACGCAAACUGAGUGAUAAGCAGUGGGAUAUUGAGGAUUACGAAAAGGGCUUGAACAAGAUGAAUAGUAAGUUAACUCAAGUUAAAGAAAAGUUGAAAGAGUUGAUGGAACUGCGUGAGGAGAGGGAGAAAGAAGAAGUGAAUUAG